CCACUUUCUACCCUCCCUUUGACACAGCACAGCCCCCUUGAAGUCCAGACUCAGCGAGUGUGCGCGUGUUGGUGUGUGUGUGUGUGUGUGCCACACUGUGUGAGAGAUAACCAGAGUUCGUCUCAGGAUGCCCGCGUACGCCACCAACAUGAGGCUGAAGUUCCCCAUCGUGGCCUUGACUUUGGAGAUUAUCACCAUCAUACUGUUUGCAGUGUUUGUGGUGUACGACGAUGGCAAAGGUCACGGGCACGACGCACACGACAAUGCGACCCACCAUGAAGCGCAGCCGAUGGAUCUCUACCCCAUGUUUCAGGAUGUCCACGUCAUGAUCUUCAUCGGCUUCGGGUUCCUGAUGACCUUCCUCAAGAGAUACGGCUUCAGCAGCGUGGGCGUCAACCUGCUCCUGGCGGCCUUCGGCCUGCAGUGGGGCCUCCUCAUGCAGGGCAUCUGGCACUUGGAUGACGGCAAGAUCAAGAUCAACAUCUUCAAAAUAAUCAAUGCAGACUUCAGCACAGCAACUGUCUUGAUCUCCUUUGGAGCCGUUCUGGGUAAAACCAGCCCUCUGCAGCUCCUCAUCAUGACCGUACUGGAGAUCGCCAUCUUCUCCAUCAACGAGCAUCUGGUGGCCAAUGUUCUCGGGGCUAACGAUGUUGGAGCGUCCAUGAUCAUCCAUGCCUACGGAGCCUACUUCGGCCUGGCGGUGGCUCGAGUGCUCUACCGACCGGGUUUAAGAAACGGACACGAGAACGACGGAUCUGUGUAUCACUCUGAUCUGUUUGCUAUGAUUGGAACCGUCUUCCUGUGGAUGUUCUGGCCCAGUUUUAACUCGGCCAUCGCUGACCCGGGUAUCACUCAGCUCACCGCGGUGAUCAACACCUACCUCUCCCUGGCCGCCUGUGUACUCUCUGCGUACGCCAUCUCCAGCCUGGUGGAGCACAGAGGAAAACUGGACAUGGUGCACAUUCAAAAUGCCACCUUGGCAGGUGGUGUUGCCGUGGGAACAUGUGCUGACAUGAACAUCGAGCCAUUCGGGGCCAUGCUGAUUGGAUUAUUGGCUGGCACCAUCUCGACCCUUGGCUUCAAGUUCCUCACUCCCAUCCUGGCAUCCAACCUGGGCAUCCAGGAUACCUGCGGUGUCCACAAUCUGCACGGCAUGCCCGGCAUCCUGGGCGGGUUGGCUGGUAUCGUGGCCGUCGCUCUGGGGAAGAAAGAGGGCGGUGACGCUGCCAUGCAAGCUGCCGCCUUGGCUUCAUCCCUCGGGUUCGCUUUGGUUGGAGGUGCUAUUACAGGUUUAAUAAUGAAGUUGCCGGUGUGGGGACAGCCUCCAGACCAGAACUGCUUCGAUGACUCUAUUUACUGGGAGGUUCCUGAGGAGGAGGACGAGAACGAGGAGAGCUUGGCUCAUGCUGAUCACUCAAAGAACAAAGCUGAGGUUUAAAUAUGUGCCUGAGCACACUGCCACUGAGCUCAAAAUUAAUAAGUAAAGGAUUAAUAAUCAGCCACACGAUGACCACAGACCAUCAGUUUGUCGUUGAAAAAUAAGCAUUUUUAAAUGGAGUAUUUACUCUAUUCAUCAACAUAAAUUUGAAACAUUCUUGCAUUUGGUAACAUAAAGAUUAAUCCCAUUUAUUCUAAGAAAAAAUAUGAUUUCAAUAAUUUGAAAAAGCAAACAUUCAGGGAUUUUUUCUUUACACUGAAAGUUUUAAUUAUCAACAAAAGUCAUAGGUCACAUGAGUUAGUAGUUUUACUUCUUCCUCUAUAAGAGUUUCUUUUUUUGUUGUCAUUUUAUAUUAUAAUAAGCAUGUUUUAAGAUAUUGGUAUAGUGUGUAUUUUUCUUUGUACAUUCUUUUAUAUUUUCAUCCACUUGGCAUAAGUUUUUUCUGAUGAGGCUCAGGUCAAAGAGAGGAGUCAAACUUAACUUUGAUCCGCUGCCUCACAUUACCUCACUGGAGCCCAGUCCUUCGACUGCCAGGAGUCAGAGUCCGACUGUGUGAAUCAGAGCGGGGCUCUGCCGUGGGCAGGGAUAGUCGCAUGUUGUUCUUGUAACUAACGAACCUUCGCAUUUCUUAUCUCGUGUUACCUCCGAGAAUCUUCUAUCUGUCCAAGGGCAGCUGCACAACUUGUUUUAACGCAAAUGAAGACUAUAUGCAGAGCCGUGCAUUUUGAAUUAGAUUGGUGGUCGCCGGGUAGUCUAAGGUGUGUUUUAUGUUUUCUUUUUACUACUUACAUCAAAUGUAUUCUUACAUGUAUAUAAAGUUUAGUUAGACGGACUGACAUGGUGAGUUUUAUUAAGGCCCUGCAAUGUCAAACAAGAGCUACUGGUACUGAACACACAGUAUUCGUGACAACCUCAAAGGAACACAACAGAAACUUGCAAACUGAUAAAUAAGAGAGGGCGGGCAUUUUAUCAGGCGCACAACCCAUUUCCAGCUAAAUAUCACACUAUUGUACAUUUUUUACGCAGCACUCUUUCUUUUCGUAUAAGGUGAGUUUUUACUUGCCACAACCUCCUGUGAAUACCACAGGAACAGAGCUCACUUUGUCUGUGGCGUAGGAGCACAGGAGGACAGGUUUUUUUUGUGUGUACUCAACUUCAAUCCAUAUGACUGCAGGGCUAAUAUGAAACUGAUUACAACACAAACACAGUGUUAAUCAAUAGUGAUGCCCAGAAUAGUGAAACGCAUCCAGAUUAUGUAUUUUUAUACAGCGGGCAUAUGCUCUUAUUUGUAUAAUAUACUAAUACUGUCAUAAUAAAUAUGUUUUUGUACAAUA